AUGAGCGAAGUCUCCCUCCUCGUCUUCGUCACCACAUCCCUCACCUCCGCCGUCCCCGCAAUCCUAUCCUUCCUCACCACAGCCAAGGACUCUCUCUCCGCAUUCCUUACCUCCUCCGCCAUCCCCGCGACUUUAUCUUUCCUCACCGCCGCCGGGUCCUUCCUCACUUCGUCCUUAUCCUCCCUCACAGCAUUCCUCGCCAAUGCCUUCCCCGUAGUCUUGUCCUCCCUCAUCAACGCCGGCCGCUUUCUGACCACGUCCAUCGCCUCCGCCGUCCCCGUAAUCUUAUCCUUCCUAACCGCAGCCGUGUCCCUUCUCACCGGCGCCGUAUCCUUCCUCGCCGCAACCCUCACUACCCUCACUACCCUCAUCGUCCCCGCCAUCUCGACCAUUCUCCUCUCCAUCGCCGACCUCGUCUCUGCCAUCCUCGCCUCCAUCGAAUCCGUCCUCACCCUAAUCCUCUCCCCAACCGUCCUGGUCACCCCUCUCCGCGUCCUCCGGGCUACCCUCUGCCCCGUUGUCGAUGCGCUGUCUUUUGUACUUGCACCGUUAUCCUAUCCUGUUGCAGGGGUAGCUCUCUGUGCGACGACAAUUGCGUCUUUCGUUCUAGAAUUUAAGCUCUCGACCGCCGCCGUCGUCGGCCUCAUCGCCGGCGCUAUCCUCUCACGCCUCUCCCACUCCAUCUCCUACCAACUCGGCUGGCUCGACGAGGGAGAAGUCGUCGCGUACGAACCCGUUCCCGAAGAGUCUGAGGCGCACACUGCGUCACAACCACUACUCCUAGAGCAUGUACACUGGUCUCCUCCCCCAACCCCGCGCUCUCGGCACUUUAAAAGGCCUGUCGCGAUGACGGCGGGAAGACUAAAGUCUAGGUGGGCAAACGGCAACGGUAGCGGCGGCGGAAACGGCGAAGUGUAUUAA